AUGGAUGUACUCGAUGAGAGUCAGCCUGAGUCUGGUGGGGGGAGCGUGACGGAAGCUUACAUCGAGAAUUCGCUAGGCGCAUUCACGAAGGCGAUAGGCCAUCGUAACAUUACAGAGCUCGGCUACCUUGACAUUAAGACGUUCGAAAGUCAAUUCUCGCUACUGAGGAACACCCUGUGGAAAGUUGCGUGGAGUCAAGAAAGCCGAAACACGACGUCCCGGAUCGUAUAUCUUUUACCGGCAGUGUAUGUCAUUGACCGCUUCUGGCUCUCCAUUCACUUCGUAUCCGUCGGCGUCAUGUUCAUGGCGGCUGUCUUUGCGCUCGCCAUGCGCGCCAUGUGUCGCGCUCCUGUGGUACUAGGUUUUGGCUAA